GCUCCUUUAAUUCCCUCCCCUCUUCCUCCUCCCCGAGUUCUCGCCGACGCCGCCGCGCGCGGGGCCUGGAACACACGCCACGAGCCGCCCCCGCCCCUCCCCCCUUACGCCCACGCGGAGCCGGCCCCGCGCGCGCGCCCCGUGCACCCCCGCGCCUGCGCGCUGCCCAGGCCCUGCCCGUGUGUGGGGGCGCAGUCGGCCCCGGGGGGGGUGGGGGAAAUAGGGGGGGAAAAAAACAGCGCGCGGAACCCGGCCAGGGUGGCCCACCCCCGCCACAAUGGCCUCUGGGGUGGAAGUCCUGCGCUUCCAGCUGCCCGGCCACGAGGCCGCUACGCUGCGGAACAUGAACCAGCUCCGCGCAGAGGAGCGGUUCUGCGACGUGACCAUUGUGGCCGACAGCCUCAAGUUCCGCGGCCACAAGGUCAUCUUGGCCGCCUGCUCGCCGUUCCUGCGGGACCAGUUCCUGCUGAAUCCCAGCUCUGAGUUGCAGGUCUCCCUGAUGCACAGUGCACGCAUAGUGGCUGACCUGCUCCUUUCUUGCUAUACGGGCGCCCUGGAAUUCGCCGUCAGGGACAUUGUUAACUACCUGACGGCCGCCUCCUACCUGCAGAUGGAGCACGUGGUGGAGAAAUGCCGGAAUGCCCUCAGCCAGUUCAUCGAGCCCAAGAUAGGCCUCAAAGAGGAUGGGGUCAGCGAUGCCAGCCUUGUAAGCAGUGUCAGUGCCACCAAAUCCCUCCUCCCUCCCGCCAGGACCCCGAAGCCAGCCCCCAAACCCCCACCCCCACCCCCUCUCCCCCCUCCACUCCUGCGGCCUGUGAAGCUGGAGUUCCCGCUGGAUGAGGACCUAGAGCUGAAGGCCGAGGAAGAGGAUGAGGAUGAGGACGAGGACGUGUCUGACAUCUGCAUCGUCAAGGUGGAAUCGGCCUUGGAGGUGGCACACCGGCUCAAACCUCCCGGAGGCCUGGGAGGAGGCCUGGGCAUCGGAGGCUCUGUGGGCAGCCACCUUGGGGAGCUGGCCCAGAGCAGCGUGCCCCCCAGCACUGUGGCUCCACCGCAGGGCGUGGUGAAAGCCUGCUACAGCCUGUCCGAGGACGCAGAAGGGGAGGGCCUGCUGUUGAUCCCAGGAGGCCGGGCCAGUGUGGGGGCCACCUCAGGCCUGGUGGAGGCAGCAGCGGUGGCCAUGGCUGCCCGGGGGGCGGGGGGCAGCCUGGGGGCGGGGGGCAGUCGGGGACCCCUGCCCGGAGGCUUUUCCAGUGGCAAUCCCCUAAAGAACAUCAAGUGCACCAAGUGCCCGGAAGUGUUCCAGGGCGUGGAGAAGCUGGUCUUCCACAUGCGGGCGCAGCACUUCAUAUUCAUGUGCCCGCGCUGCGGCAAGCAGUUCAACCACAGCAGCAACCUCAACCGCCACAUGAACGUGCACCGCGGCGUCAAGUCGCACUCGUGUGGCAUCUGCGGCAAGUGCUUCACACAGAAGUCCACGCUGCACGACCACCUCAACCUCCACUCGGGAGCGAGGCCCUAUCGCUGUUCCUACUGCGAUGUGCGCUUCGCUCACAAGCCUGCCAUUAGGCGGCACCUCAAGGAGCAGCACGGCAAGACCACGGCCGAGAACGUGCUGGAGGCCAGCGUGGCUGAGAUCAACGUCCUCAUCCGCUAGCGCUAGCGUGGCAGGCGCUGGGUCCCUGGGCUGGGGGGGAAGGGGGCUCCUUGGUCCAGGAGAAUAGGGGGGUGUGGGGGGCAGGGGCAGGCAGGUACGGUGGGGAGCCUGAGCAGACACACACAUCCUGAGGGAGGGGCCGAAGAUUCCUUAGAGAGAAGACCUUGCCUCUUCAGAAGAAAAGGAUGGACAGGGAGAGAGUUCUUUGAGAAGGCCAAGGGAAUAGGGGGUCCCAGAGAAAGAUUUUCUUCUCUUGGAGGUGCAUGGAUAUGUGGAGGGAGGGAAAACGUCCUAUGGGAUGAGG